UAAAGUUCCUCUUCUGCGUCCUAGUAGAGUUAUUUCCCUCUUGGAUUUUCCCAAGCUCUUCACCCUUAAGUUCUUUGUUCUUGCAGCCGUCAGGACUCUCUGUCCCUCAUCCUCACCCUGGCUGUGUUUUUGUCCCCUCUGCAGCGACUCUUGAUGGAAGAGCACGGGGUGAGCCAGGCAGAGCACAUGGCUACCAUCGAGGCGCACGCCGUGGCCCAGCAGGUGCAGCAGGUGCACGUGGCCACCUACACGGAGCACAGCAUGCUGAGCGCCGACGAGGACUCGCCCUCCUCACCCGAGGACACCUCCUACGACGACUCCGACAUCCUCAACUCCACGGCUGCUGACGAGGUCACUGCGCACCUGGCGGCCGCAGGCCCUGUGGGGAUGGCAGCAGCUGCUGCAGUGGCAACAGGGAAGAAAAGGAAGCGACCCCACGUUUUUGAGUCCAACCCCUCCAUAAGGAAGAGGCAGCAGACACGAUUGCUCAGGUCUUUCACCUGGUGUUACUCCCCUUGUUUACCCGAGCCUGGCAACUCCCCACAGGUCAGAAAGUACAAGAGCACCAUCCUGGAGGACCUGGAAUCAGCCCUGGCCGAGCACGCCCCGGCCCCCCAGGAGGUGAACUCAGAGCUGCCACCCCUCACCAUCGAUGGCAUCCCCGUGUCCGUGGACAAAAUGACCCAGGCACAGCUGAGAGCCUUCAUCCCUGAGAUGCUGAAGUAUUCCACGGGUCGUGGGAAGCCAGGCUGGGGCAAGGAGAGCUGCAAGCCCAUCUGGUGGCCCGAGGACAUUCCCUGGGCCAACGUCCGCAGCGACGUCCGCACGGAGGAGCAGAAGCAGAGGGUGGGUGCCUCCCUGUCUGCCUCCAAGUUCAGCGUAUUUGGGAGUGGUUUUGGCCUUGAGGGGCAGAAGAAAGAGUGUGUGUCAUUGGAGGGAAGGGGUGCUGAUGUUCAGAGCAGCAGGGGGCUUUGUGGGUUGGAAUGGACAUUAAAGAUCCUCAGGGACACUUUCCACCAUCCCAUGCUGCUCCAAGCUCUGUUCUGGACACUUCCAGUGAUGGGACAUCCCCAACCUCCCUGCAUCCAGCACGUUACCACCCUCACAUCAAACCCCUUUAUUCUUUUAAACCUCAGAGCAGGUGAGACCCCCUUUUCCUGGGUGCUGUGGACACUCCCUGCAGUAACAGAUGCAUCAUUUUGUCCUCCACAGGUUGGCACAGGUGCCACGGUGGCCACGCUGGCCGACGCCUCCGAGCUGCCCACCACAGUCACCGUGGCACAAGUCAAUUAUUCUGCAGUGGCUGAUGGAGAGGUGGAGCAGAACUGGGCCACGCUGCAGGGAGGGGAGAUGACCAUCCAGACGACACAAGCCUCGGAGGCCACGCAGGCGGUGGCCUCGCUGGCCGAGGCGGCGGUGGCGGCGUCGCAGGAGAUGCAGCAGGGAGCCACUGUCACCAUGGCACUCAACAGUGAAGCUGCUGCCCACGCCGUGGCCACGCUGGCUGAGGCCACCCUCCAAGGAGGGGGACAGAUUGUCCUGUCUGGGGAAACUGCAGCAGCAGUUGGGGCACUCACUGGAGUCCAGGAUGCCAAUGGGAAGAUGGAGCCAAAUGAGUCGCUAGCAGCUUGGCAAAGUGCAGAUCAGCAUGUUUGCAUCCAGGAGGACAGGAAGGAAAGAGUCAAGCUUUUUGUAGGGCCUCCCUGGUGGGAGCAGAAUUUUUUAAUGAAGGUUUACCCUGAAACAGGGCUGGUGCAGAUCCCUGUCAGCAUGUACCAGACGGUGGUGACCAGCCUGGCGCAGGGCAACGGGCCGGUGCAGGUGGCCAUGGCGCCGGUGGCCACGCGGCUGGCGGACACGGCGGUCACCAUGGACGGCCAGGCGGUGGAGGUGGUCACCCUGGACCAGUGACACGCCUCCCCUCCCCUCGCCCCUCCGGAGAUGCAAUCAGGUGGCAUUCGCGAC